AUGUCUCAUGCAAGUACACUGAAAAUAUCACAUUUUAAAAUUAGGCACGUAGGGGGCAGUUUCUUCUGCCUUCCAGCUCUGCGGGCCUCGCAGAGCCUCCUGGGGCGCCAUGUUGGGCCAGAGUGUCCAGAGGUCCUUCGAAGCCACUAUGAGGAGGGCCCGGGAAAGAAUUUGCCAUUUUCAGUGGAAAACAAGUGGCGGUUACUGGCUAUGAUGACUGUGUACUUUGGAUCUGGAUUUGCCGCUCCCUUCUUUAUAGUAAGGCACCAACUACUCAAAAAAUGAGGAUAUUUAAUUCAUCCCUCUAACGGAAUGAAGAUUGUUUAAGAGAUGUGAUCUGAAAAUUGGAUUAAACUCUUGAACUCUUAUUACUAAAUAAAAUUGUAAAUAAACU